UCGCGGAACAGGAAGUGAAAGCGGAACAAACUGGCAGAUGAGACAAAAGCGCGUUUGCGGUCCAGGAACAAAUAAAGUUUCAACUUCAAGGAACUACCCAGCAAGUGAUGCCUAUUGCGUACAUGACUGCGAUGCAAGCACGUGCUGCGAAAAUUUCAACGGAGAUUCAGCAGCAGAAAAUGAAUAUUGGAGCGUUACACAGUGCUUUGAUUCUGGAGUUGACUCAUCUGACCAAAACGCUCCUCGUGGUCAUCUCGGCGAAAAGAAAACAUUCAAACGCAUUCAAGCGGAAAAAGAGCGGGAAGGAAUUCGAAUGACGCGAUUACGAAGUAAACCUUCGCUUAGUGAGGAUGAGAAAAAUAUCAAGGUAAAAAUGGUCGAUAAUGUGUUGUACGCGGUCACAACAAAUGCUUGCGUCCAUCGUUCAGCUGAUGAAGAUGAACAAAUUGUACCAAAAUCAGCUACACCAAUAGAAAGUAGCCUACAUUCCCAUCUUGGCUCAUGUGGAGAAAACAUAAGAAGUAAUGAAUGA